UCCAGGAACACCUGAGCAGAUCACAUGCUGCUGUCGUCAUAGUGACGGCAUUGUGAGAUACCCGAGUUGCAUAUUGGCGCAGCGCCGAGCUGGCGGAGAAUUAAACGGCUGCAGGGAGGAAGCCUCUGUAGAGGACACAGACAGCCGUUGGUUUUUAUUCAUCAUGCCGAGAAAAAAGGAUUUGUCAACAGAUGAAGUUGAGAUUGAUAUGGAAGAUGAUGGCAGUGACAGUGACGACGGUGCCAGCCGGAGGCGAGGCAACAGGAGACAAGCAGCUGGAAGACCGGCUGCAAAGGGAAGAGCCCGUGGCAAAAAAGCAGCCGAUGAGGAAGAGGAAAGUGAGGCUCCUAGGCCAAGAAGGGGGCCAAGUGCAAAGAAACCAACCAAAAAACGCAGAGAUGAGGAUGAUGAAAGUGAAUACGAAGGCCCCAAGAAGAAGAAGCGAGGGGGAGCUGCCACUAAGAAAAAAGGAGGAAAACCCUUGGACAGUGAUGAGGACAGUGACGAGCAGAAGGGAAAGAAGGGGAAAAAGGGAGGAGGAAGGAAAGGAGUAAAAGAGGAGGAUGACAGUAAAGGCAAGAAGGGAGAUGCCAAAGGAAAAGACAAAAAGAAGAAGAAGAAAGACGAAAGUUCAUCUGACUCCACUUCAAGCUCCGAUGAGGAUGAGGAAUCCCUGUCUGAGGGAGAGAUGGCCCUUUUGAUGGAGGAGGUGGAAGAAAAGAAGAAGCUGAUAUCAACCAUCAGGAACAAACCAUGGAGGAUGAAGAGGCGGCUCACACACCUGAAGGAAGCUCAAGAGUUUGUGGAUAAGUUUGAAGGUGCUCUCGGCAAAGGAAAAGGCAGGAAGUGGUAUGCCUACAAAGUCAUGAUGACAAAGAAAUGGAUUAAGUUCCAGAGGGAUUUUGAAAACUUCAAAACAGCCUGUAUUCCCUGGGAGAGGAAGAUCAAAGAAGUGGAAAGUCACUUUGGUUCUUCUGUAGCUUCUUACUUCAUCUUCCUUCGCUGGAUGUACGGGAUGAACCUCGUUAUGUUUGGUUUCACUUUCGGCCUGGUGGUUAUUCCUGAGGUUUUGAUGGGCCUUCCAUAUGGGUCCAUUCCCAGGAAGACUGUUCCUCGAGCUGAACAGGCAACUGCUCAAGACUACUCUGUCCUCAUGGAUUUCAAUGGAUACUGCAAGUAUUCCGUCCUGUUUUAUGGCUACUAUAACAGCCAGAGGACCAUCGGCUUGCUUAAGUUUAGGCUGCCUCUCGCCUACCUCAUGGUCGGGAUUGGAACAUUUGGCUACAGUUUGAUGGUUGUGAUCCGCACAAUGGCAAAAAAUGCAGACCUCGGUGGCGGUGAUGGAGAAGAUGGAGAGUUCACUUUUGCCUGGAAGAUGUUCACCAGCUGGGAUUAUCUCAUUGGAAACGCGGAGACUGCAGACAACAAGUAUGCAUCUAUCACCACCAGCUUCAAGGAGUCCAUUGUGGAUGAGCAAGAAAACCAGAAGGAUGAGAACAUUCAUCUGAGGAGGUUCCUCAGGGUCCUAGCUAACGUACUCAUCACCUGCAGCCUCGGAGGAAGCGGAUACCUCAUCUACUUUGUGGUGAAGAGGUCUCAGGAGUUUGCCAACAGAAAUGAUCUCAGCUGGUAUGAGAAAAAUGAGUUGGAGAUCAUCAUGUCUCUGUUGGGACUUCUGUGUCCUCCUCUUUUUGAGACUAUUGCUGAGCUAGAGGACUACCAUCCUCGCAUCGCCCUCAAGUGGCAGCUAGGACGCAUCUUUGCUCUUUUACUGGGAAACCUCUACACGUUCCUGUUUGCCCUCUUCGAUGAGGUCAACACCAAGCUUGAAGAAGAACAGUCCAUAAAGAAUGCCACUAUAUUGGCUCUGAAGGAAUAUUACGCCAAUUACACACGCCUGGUCAAUGACACCGAAGCCACCCCACCCCCAAUGAACCCCGCUGAUGUGAUCAGAGGACCAUGCUGGGAGACCGCUGUUGGCAUAGAAUUUGUGAAGCUGACCGUGUCGGACAUUCAAGUCACCUACCUCACCAUCCUGAUUGGUGAUUUUGCCAGAGCUGUCAUUGUGCGUUUCCUCAACUACUGCUGGUGCUGGGACCUGGAAGCCGGAUUUCCGUCAUAUGGAGAGUUUGACAUCAGUGGUAAUGUCUUGGGACUUGUCUUCAAUCAAGGAAUGAUCUGGAUGGGGGCGUUUUAUGCUCCCGGACUGGUUGGCAUCAACGUACUCCGCCUGCUGACGUCCAUGUACUAUCAGUGUUGGGCCGUCAUGGCUACCAAUGUUCCUCAUGAGCGAGUCUUCAAGGCUUCCAAAUCCAACAACUUCUACAUGGGUCUGCUGCUCCUCAUCCUUUUCCUUAGUUUGUUGCCUGUGGUCUACACCAUCAUGACACUCCCACCCUCAUUUGAUUGUGGACCCUUCAGUGGGAAAGCAAAAAUGUUUGAUGUGAUCAUUGAGACGAUCGACCUGGACCUGCCAGCCUUUAUCGGGACGCUGUUUGGCUAUGUAGCCAACCCAGGCCUCAUCAUACCAGCUGUUUUGCUCAUGGUCCUUGCCAUCUACUAUUUGAACUCUGUUUCGGAAGCGUACAAAAACUCCAACUUAGAUCUGAAGAAGAAGAUGCAGAUGGCUCGCGAUGAAGAAAAGAACCGGAGGAACAACACAGACAGCACCAACGAGGUUAUGAAAGACUUGGAGGACCUGCUGCCAAACCGCUCUCUGGCGCCUCCUGCUCCACCACCAGAGCCUGAAAAAAAGACAUCAGAUCCAAAGCCAAUGAAGACAAAACCCGGGGCAGCUGGGAAAGGUGUUCACCUUCAGAAAGAUGUUGCACUUGCAACAUCCAAUCCUGACACUCGAGGGCCAGUAGUUCGACCGCCUGGACAAAGAGGACCCGGCCCAAUAUCCGGUCCUGGCCGAGGGCGGGGCCGUGGAAGAGGACCCCCUCCAAGAUAAUGACAACGUGACCAGUUGAUACCACAUGACAGGUUGUGACAUGGACUAUAUAAUUUGACUCAUGCAUGGCAAUUAGCCCCUUUUUACUUACUUAUCUGUAAAAACUAUUAUGAAACGAGUAAAAUGCAUCUCAUUUAUUUAAAAUAUGCACUGCUUAAAUUCAAUAAAAAACACAGGAAGUGUUUUUUAUAUAUGGCUUUGUUGGAUUUAUUUGCGAGAGCCUUUCAGUAAAAUUAGCUCUGCUUGGUGUCAUGUG